CAGUUCCAGCAUCAACGCCGCGGCGCACGGAGCCUGUUUUUUGGAUACAAUUUGCCAUUCCGUAACGCUGUGUCGUCUGUCGGGGGUUACCUAAAGCCACACGCAGCGCACCACACACACACACACACACACGCACACAUACACAAGAAAAACCUUUACACGCAAAAAAGCAAAGGACUACGAUAUGGAAAUAGCUCCAGAUAUAAGGAGAAUUUAAACCCAAAAAACUACCAAGGAAAACGCACUUUUUGGUCCAAGCAAAAGACAACAGCAGCAGCAGCAGAAGCAAAGGAAAAUCUACCGGAAAACGGAGUCCAAAUUCUUGUCGGUGCUUUUUCGCGACGGUUCCCCCUUUUUUUUUUGGGCAGCCAACGCGAAAAUCGAUUGCUGACGAGGACGAGGACUGCCUUGCAUAAGUCCACAGGGGAGAUAAGUGUACAAAAGGCAGAAGCAGCAAGAAGCAUCCACAAAAAAAAGGAUAACAACUCAAAUGAAACCAUUCAAGUCGAAGACAACGAAGCGCAGAACUUGUAGGAAUUAAGUUUUCAUUUUAAUUAUCAAUAUUGAUGCCACGAUGCUCAGGACGACUGCGAAGAUGCCUCAGAUGAUGAUGUUGCAGGAGGAGCAGCAGCAGCUGAAGCGAGAGAUUUCCAACAAUUGACAGCAGAAAUAACAACAGCAACGACAACGAAGAAGAUUUUACACACAUCUCUACAUAGAUUUCGAUUUGUCUACGCUCUCUCCGUGUGUGUGUGUGUGUGUGUGUGCCUGCCCUUGUUUCGCUUUUCCUUUUCCUUUCCUUUUUGCUUUUCUUUCAUUUCUUUGACUUGUGUUUGUUUCGCUGAAAAUGGAUAUUGCCUUGCGUGGCACGGGCACAGCAUCAACGACUGGAACUGGCACUGGCACAGGCACAGUCGCAGGUCCUCGCAGCGGCACUGGUCUCCAUCAUGCUGUGUCAUUGGGCAACAUUGAGGUCUCCGCCAAGGCCACCUACUCCAGCCACAUGGAUCGCAGCUAUGACUCCGAGGAUGAAAACACAGGCCGAAGACGACUGCGUCACACGCUUUCCACCGAGCUACAACCACGCGCCAGCGUCUACUCGCGCGGGGAUAUCAGGGAACAGUACUGCCUCACAGAUCGACAGCUGCACAGCAUAGAGCAGCGUCCGCGACGAGAACGCUUCUUUGGUUGCCUUUCGCGACGCGGACAGACGCAGUCGGGCAGCUUUCUGGGCGGCUGUGUGGGUCGUCGCGUGCCCUCCGAUGAGAACUUGGCAGCCUACGCGCCCUUCGAGAAGUAUCCACGAUAUCAAAACAACUACACGGACACACACGAAUUGGAUAGUUCCUAUUUUCGACGACAGCCAGCCUCGAUACUGAGCACGGGCAAGUCGAGUGAGCCGGAUCUGGGCGGCAGAUACACCUGGAUAGGACAGCAGCCGCAGCAGCAAAGCAACAACAAUAGCGAGUACCGAACGAAUCAUAGGGCAACUUGUUGUACAGCACCACUUGAAUCCUUUUACCAGGAUGUUUUGCUACGGAAUUAUUAUGUCGAGCUUUGCGCUCCACCAAAUCCUACACCACCAACAUCACACACCAAUCAAAUCGCUAAUCUAAAUGUUUGCUCGUAUCACUGCCCCACAUAUGCCACGAUGCCACACACACAUCAUCAUCAGCAGCAGCAGCAGCAGGCGGCAAGAACCAAACACGUGAGCUUUGCUCGCUCGCACACGCUGACCAGCUUCGAUAAUGUCAACGCGGGUUUUCGCUCCUCGGGCCGCUUGAAGUCGGCCAGCAGCCAGGAGCGUCUGAUUGGUGGCAAGAAGCCCAUCAUUGCCUCUGGCUCCAUGUACGAGACACUGCAGCCCACUGCACAGAGCUCCACGCUGCCCAAAACGUGGCUGCCACCGCCGGUGCAACUGCAAACCUGUCAGCAUCAUCAUGCGCCCAUUCAUCUGCAUCAGCCAUUGGGGGACAACAUGCUGGGCCUCAUCAUACCACAGCCGCUGCCGCUGGCCCUGCCGCCGCCCAGUCCUGAGGUUCUGAUUGUGGAGAAAAAGUUUCGCAAUGCGAUGAAAACUCAGGCCACACAAACGGAGGCGGCGGCGCGACGGCAGGCGGGGUACAGCACCCAAGUCCUGUCACUGAGUCCCAGGCCGCCACAUCGCAUUAAGGUGGUGUCCCAGGGAGCACAAACCAAUGGCCUGCAGAAUGGCAAGAAGCUGACAAAGAGUCUCUCGGAGAUACCCAAUGGCAAGGAGGCGCAGGCGCAGCAUUAUCAACAGGGCAUAAUCUACCCACAUGAAAUGAUCUACCGCACCCAAUCGCAGGAUGUGACGCCGCUGCAAACCCUCUCGGAUGCCCAGAACAAUAUUAUGUACUACAAGCCACCGCCGCCGCUGCUCGAUCCCCACAGCUAUGGCCUGGGCAUGGAGCACUUGAGCCGGGCAGGACGUCCCUCUGCGGCGGAGCAGAACGUGGAGUAUGUGAAUGUGAAUGCCGCAGCUGUGGCACUCAACGAGAGCUUCGACUACGAGAGCAACAGCUUGCCGCGGCGCACGCGCACCGAGACGGAUUAUUACUCGAACAGUUUGCCCCGACGAGCGGACACCCUGCACGGACACAUAACGGAGGUUGUGGAACUGGACUUUACGCGUCCGCACCUGCUGCCGCCGCCCAGUGAGUACUGCAAGAACGACGACGAGCCGGAGGAUGUGGAGGAGUACUACGACGAUGAGGAGGAGGAGGAUGGCCCCUCGCAUCCACACGAAACGGAGAGCUACAGCUCGGAGGUGUGCAUGGAGCAGGCGGCGCGUCGCAUGUCCAUGCUGCCACAGAUGAUGGACUCCCCGUUCCGCAGGGACGAUCUGCGGCGCCAGUCCAUGCCGGUCUAUGGCCAGACGGAGAAGCUCAUCGACGGCUUUGGGCCGCGCACAUCCUUCCGGCGGCGCGACAAGGUGAGCUGCUUCCCGGAUGAGCCGCAGGCAGGCGGCGGGCUGCGACGCGAUGAGCAGGAGAUUUUCAUUGACUUCAAGCCGCACGUGUCCCCGAAGCCCAGUCCCAAGCUGCAGCUGAAGCACCGGAAGCAGCACAAGGCGGAGAUUGCCAUGCGGAAGAUGCAGCAGCAGCGGAUGGCCCAGGCCGCUGCUUUGACUCUUCCCAAGCUGAAGUCAGUCGAGGUUGAGGCCAGAAAAGUUGAGCUUGUGCCCAGCGACGAGGACGAGGAGGAGGACGACGAACAGGAGCAGGACCCCGAGGAGGAUGACGAGGAGGAGGCCGAAUCGGAGCGGAAUCGCACGGAGAACGAGCAUCCCGAGGAUGAGGAUCCCAUCUAUGAGAACAUAAUCCCCUGUGGCUGCAAGGUGGAGCCACCAGCAGCACCACCGCCACUCAUCCUGGAGGACAUUCAGGACAAGCGCUCGCAAUUCCGCAAGCGUUCCGUCAGCCUGGACGAUGAUUAUGCCGCUGCCGCGGGCAUCUUUCCAGCGCCUGGACCUGGUCUACGUCUGCCCUCCACCCCAGCCAGUCCCUGCCGCGAGGAGCUGCUGCUGGCCAAUGUCUCAACUUAUCCCUCCUCAGACUCGCUGGCCAACGACACGACACGCGAUCACUCCGAUGGCAUUUGGAACGAGUCGCAGGUCACCGUGCUGACCGCCGAUCAGCACAUCUCCGAUGGCUCCUACAGCUCCAAUCUGCUGCUGACGCCCUCAUCGAAGCGCAAGAACCUGCUGCUGCAGCAUCAGCAGAGGAGUUCCGUGGAUACGGAUGCCUUGGAUUUUGAGGAACAGAGCCCCACCUAUGGCCUACAGACACUGCCAAAGAUCAUCAAGACGCCGACGCCAACCACUUCCAGGCCUGCCUCCACGCUGCCGCUGGUGCCGCCGCCAGCCAUAGCCGUGACCCCAUCCAGCAUGGACUCUGCCUCGCCGCUGCUCAAGCGUGCCAUGAUGCCCCGGAGCUCCGUGCCAGAUGCGCGGCAGCUCAUGUAUCCGAGUGGACCAGCAGGGAGACAAAGACACUCGGAUGCCUCAUUUCUGCCCAUGGCUGUGCCGGAUUAUGCUCGCAGUGCGGACAUCUCCGAGUGCAGCACGAAUACAGAUGAGUAUGCCACCUGUACGGAUAACUCGAAGCGUACUCCAGGUAUUAAGACACCGCCGACAACGACCAGUUCAUCGUCCGCGACACAAGUGCCAGUUUCCACUCAGAGCUCGCAGCUGGAUAAGACCCAUGCGGGCAGCUCCUUCGAGAGUGCCAGCUCGUUGUACUCCAUGCGGGAGGAUCUGCUGCACGAUGGUUCGUCAGAGAAGGAGAAGCAGAUGAGAGUGUCGCAGACGUCGCUCAAGUCCCCCAUGGGUGGCUCGGUGGCAGAGCUGACCAGAAAGUCGCCUUCGCAUUCGAUCAGCAGCACCACCUCCUCGGGCAGUUGUCAGGUUAUCAAAUCGCCAGCUAAGGAAACACAGUCCAAACCCCAACCACAGUCGAUGGCCAGUUCCACUAGCCAGCAAAUCAAAGUCACAGAUGCAGCGGCAGAGACCGCGGCUAUGGCGAAGCCCAAACCCGAAUCCAUAUCCGAGGAUGAGCGCAGCGAGGUGCGUUAUUCCUCCUCCGGCUACUACGAGAGUCCACACGAGGAGGACGACGAGGAGCAGGUCACAACCACCUGCAAGGCUCGCCGCCUCCGGCACGAGGACAACAAGCGGCGCAAGACCAGCAUGAAGCUGGACAUUGAGAAGGAGAACAUGCGCGCCCUCACCAGUCCCAUCAAGAAGUCGCUCGCGGGCAAGCAGUCGCUGCAGUCCCCGGAGCAGCACAGCGCUGGCGCACUGGAGAAUGGAAGUCCCAGCAAGAUCAAACGUUUCCGUCCCAAGAUACGGCGACAGCUGCGCAAGAGCUCCAGGGAGGAUGUGCUGGCAGCGGCAGCGGCACGCAGGACGAGGCCCACAAUUUACGGACUUAGCAGCGCCAGUGGGGAUACGGAACUGCUGCUGGAUGGCAGCAUGACCACCACAGUGGGUCCCAGUCCCAGGCCGAGCAUUGUGCCCACCACGGCAGCCAUAACGACGGAAACCACCACCACCACAGUCAUUGGCGUGGCACCACCGCCGCCGCAGGAGAAGGAGCUGCUGCAGGACCACGAGAAGAUGAAGAAGCCUCAGCCACAACCACAGCCACACAGCUGUGCCACGCCCACAUCGCUGCUGUCGCCGAAACUGCCCACUGUAAGCAGCACUCACUCCAAGUCCGCCUCGGAGGCGACGGGCCAGCUGAAAGCCAAAUCCAUCGAGUCGCUGCGCUCGGUGUCGCCCGGCUCCGAUUCGGUUUUCUACAGCGAAGCCGAUGGCACGGCGGCCAGUGCCACGGAUCAGGGCCACUGCCACCACUGUGGCAAGGAGAUGGAGGGCAAGCAGCAGGAGCUGGUGGGAGACUCUGUGGAGUCCAUACCCUACAUCGAGCAGGAGGCGGACAUUGUGAAGCCUCCGUCGGACUUUGCCGACUCUCCCGUGACCACGAAAACCACUCAGCGGCUGUACAAGAAAAUGGACAAGCGUUUCCGCUCCGAGGAGCGCUAUCACGCCGGGGAGCGGGGCAGGCACUACAAGACACGCCAGGAGAACAUCAGAGCCAAGAGCGAGGAGCGUGGCCGAGCGCCCAGUCUGCCCAACACUCCUGUGCUACGUCCCGCUGGCUCCAGUCCCUGCGUGCUGCCCGAUAUCAGCACGGAACCGAACCAGCAUAUCAUCUACAAGGGCCACUACGACGAAGGCAGAUACACGCGGCUCACGGAUGAUGAUUUGUGGACGCAGCUGGAUCAUCAGUGUUUCGAUCGUUCGCGCGAGCGUCGUGCCUCCACAGAGUCCGAGAAGGGGUUCCAUGCCAAGUACCAGGUGAUACUCCAUCGUCUUGUUCAACGCCGCUGCACGCUGGAGAUGUAUCAUCGGCAGAAGAACAACAAUUUCCGCGUGGACAAAACCGUUGUGGUGAAGAGCGAUUCGGGUGAAUUUGGUUUCCGCAUCCAUGGCUCAAAGCCCGUCGUUGUGGCUGCCAUUGAGCCGGAGACGCCAGCGGAGAGUUCUGGCCUGGAGGUGGGCGACAUUAUUAUAUCGGUUAAUGGCGUCCAGGUGCUGGACAAACAUCACACAGAGGUCGUGAAGAUUGCCCACGAUGGCUGCGAGAAACUGGAGCUACAGGUGGCCCGCACCAUUGGCGUCCUCAUGCACGAGCAGCUGGAGCCCCCCAGCGAGCCCAUCUUCAGCGGUUAUUUGUGGCGCCAGAGCGGACAGGCCAAGGGGGCGCCCAAUGCCAAGAAGUGGGUGAGACGUUGGUUCUCCUUGCGGCCAGACAAUUGUCUGUAUUACUACAAAACGGAAGAUGACUCCCAGCCCGUUGGUGCCAUGAUCAUGGCCAAGCACACUGUGGAUCUGUGCCCCGUGGACAUCGGUAAGCCUUUUGCCUUCAAAGUGGACGCUGGCGAGGGCAUACCCAUGUACGUGGCCGCCGACUCGGAUGACUUGGCCAACAGAUGGCUGAAUCUGCUGCGCCAGGCUGCCGCCCAGGAUAAUCAGUGGCUGGACAAGAGUGCGCGCUGCUUGUACCAGGCUCCGACCAGCAUUCAGCGGCCCGAUUGCUUUGGCUAUUUGCUGAAAUUGGGCUCAAGGUGGUGCGGCUGGUCGAAACGCUAUUGUGUACUUAAGGAUGCCUGCCUCUAUUUUUACCAAGAUGCUAAUAGCAAGAGUGCAUUCGGAAUGGCCUGCUUGCACGGCUAUAAGGUGGCCUCAAUGUCCACAAAUGCGUCCGGCAAGAAGAAUUCAUUCGAGAUAAUACCACCAGAAACGAAAUUGCGUCACUAUUAUUUUUGCACUGAAAGCGAAAUGGAUAAGAAGCGCUGGAUAUCCGCCUUGGAGUACUCCAUUGACCGCUGGAUUAAGUCCGGGUAACUAAGGUUAAAAACGCGCUCCAGAUCGGUCUUGGGCAGCCGUCGAAAGCGUCGAAGUUUUAGCUACUUCAUGGAUUAAAAUUGAUAGAAAAACAAAACACAAAAACCAAAAAACGAUUUUCAAACAUUGUUCGACACUAGUACGGGUACUACAUUACAUUACAUUACAUUACAUACAUAAAUACAUACAUUUACAUAGAGUGUAAGCCAAGGAAAAAACCACAAUUAGUUAUAGUCGAUAGAUGAUUGCUUAGUCCAAGGAAUUUAGUCGGUCAUUCAAAGCGGGUUUGAAACUAUUUUGAACAUAAAUGAAUACAAUUGAAUUUUUGGUGUGUAUUCUUACAACAAAAAUAAUAUAUCUAUAUACACAUAAAAAUACUUAUGUUUAGUGAGGUUGUCAUGUCAUACACAUAUACAUAAAUAUUAUAGUAUAUUUAGCCGCGAGAAAUGAGAGAAAAUGAUCGUACAGCAGACCAAAAUUGAUUGUCUAAUGUAUAUAGGAAUUCGUAUAGAAAAUUGAAAGUGUUUAGGUAUUCAAAGGCUCAAAGUUUAGAUAAAUGUCUAUUUACAGAAAAAGCGUAAACUAGAGACCAAAAAAUUCGAAAUUACGACAAAUGCAAAUUAAUGCGAAAUUUCAAAUAAGUAUAAUGGAAAAUAGUUAUUGUUACAAAUCGAAUCCACAAUGAUUUGCUAUGCUUUCCCAUAUUCCCUUCCCCAAAAUAGAUUCAAAUUAUAAAUUGCUUAGUUAGACACGCUCAAAUAUUAUGAUAAAGAUUUUGUAUAAGCUUUGACUUUGUUUUUUGAUAAGUUGAGGUCUUUUAGGAUGACAGAGACAUUUCCACAAGCCACACAUCACACAUACUAAUUCAUUGUAGAACAAACAAUAAUUAUAUAGAAUAUGUAUAUUAAAUGCAUUCAGAAUCCAGUAGUUACUUUGUCAUUUAAAGAUAUGAUCUUUAAAAUGCUGAUUUCCCUUUUUUUGGGUUCAGUGUUCGUAUGAGUGAAAAAGCUUCAUUUUUAGUAACCAAACAAAAUAAAUACAAUAUAUAUUUUGUAUAUUUUAAAUAGAGAUUUCCACGAUAAUAAAUGUAUGCAUUAUGAUUAUAUUAUAUUAUAUACAACACAUACAAAAUAUACAAGCAGAGACAGCCAUUUUAUGUUGAAAAAACAAAAAACAACCAAAGACAACAACCAAACAGAAAUGAAGCAA